GAUCUCUACCCAAAAUCCCCAUCUCUCGACGCUCAAGUAACCAUGACCGGCCCAGAUGUAGCCUCCACCUCCAGCUCGAUGCCGUCCCAGGCAGCGCCGUCGGCAUUACAAUCCCCUCCUCUCUCUGAGCCCUCUUUCUGGAAUGAGACGCAAUGGGCCGUGUUAUGGUCUUUGAUGGAGGCCAUACUACCUUCUAUCCGCAGCGAAUCCGACGUCUCCGAUGAGAAUAGCCAGGUCAAGCUUCCCGAUGCGGAAUACUCAGAAGCCAUCCGCCUUGCCCGUGCUGCCAUGGACGCCGGCGCGCCGCCCGAGGAUCGUUUCAAAGACUAUCUCGAAUUUUGUCCCGUUCAAGAUGCUCGUUUCCGAGCCGACGUGAUCCAGAGUCUGUCCAUGGUCUCUAGCACAGCCCGCGAUGCCAUGGGUAGGGCCCUGUCUAGUCUAGGCACUCGCCUAGGGGGCCUUCUCCUCACGGGCUACUUCGCCGCAGUCCACCACCAGCCCAUCCACAUCCGGGAGGCCAUCCUCAAAGCCUGGACCGCAUCUCGACUCACUUCCCUUCGCGUCCUCUGCAAGUCCUUGACCACCCUGGCUCACAAAGCCUCCCUCGUGACCAACCCCCUCCUCCGAGAGCUUAUCGACUACACCGAUACCCCCGAACACCACCGUCCCGCGGAGGGCUUCAACUUCCGCUUCGAGCAGCCCCACCCGGCCACUGACGACGGACCGGCCUCCGUCGAAACCGACAUCGUCAUCGUCGGUUCGGGCUGUGGUGGCGCCGUGUGCGCCAAGUCCCUCGCCGAGGCCGGCCACCGCGUCCUCGUCGUCGACAAGGGCUACCACUUCCCCCCCUCCCAGCUGCCCAUGUCCCAGGAAGACGGCUGUCGCCAUCUCUACGAGAACGGCGGCUUCCUCACGAGCGACGACUCCAGCCUCAACCUGGUCGCCGGCGCCUGCUGGGGCGGCGGCGGCACCGUGAACUGGAGCGUCGCCCUCCAGACACAGGGCUUCGUGCGCGAGGAGUGGGCCCGGGAACACGGCCUCCCGUUCUUCACCUCGGCGCAGUUCCAGGCGUCCCUCGAUAAGGUGUGCGCCCAGAUGGGCGUCGGCACCGACGCGAUCCGCCAUAACCACAGGAACAGGGUUCUCCUCGAAGGGUCCCGGAAACUCGGCUGGCAUGCGGCGGCGGCGCCGCAGAACACGGGCGGGGAGGAGCACUACUGCGGUCGCUGCCAUCUGGGGUGUGCGUCGGAGGCGAAGAAAGGGACCGUCGUACGCUGGCUGCCGGCUGCGGCCGGGGCGGGGGCGAAGUUCAUGGAGGGCCUGGAGGUCGACAAGAUUACUUUUGACGACGAGACGGACGGCACCAAGCGAGCUACCGGCGUCGUCGGCCGCUGGGUGUCGAGGGAUGCCGACGGUGGCCUUGCGUGGCCGGAAGACCAGCGCGUUGUUCGGGACGUGGUCAUCAAGGCUAAGAGGGUUAUCGUGGCCGGUGGUGCUCUCUGUAGCCCAUUGCUGCUGCUCAGGAGCGGGUUGACGAAUCGUCACAUCGGACAGAACCUCCGCGUGCAUCCCUGCAAUAUGGUCGGCGCAUAUUGGAAAGAGCCCACCAUCCCCUGGGAAGGCGGCAUCAUUACGAGCUAUUGUUCAAGUUUCGAAAAUUUAGACAACUCCGGCCACGGUGUCAAGCUAGAGCCCGUUUGCGGAAUGCCAUACGUAUCUCUCGCCAACAUGCCCUGGCGCGGUGGACUGGAGUCCAAACUCUCCAGCUUGAAAUUCCGGCACUUUGGUGGCUUCAUCUCACUCACUCGCGACCGCGACAGCGGCAGCGUCUAUCCGGACGAAGUCACCGGCCGUCCCCGCGUGGCGUAUACCACAUCGGCCUUCGACCGAGCUCACACGCUGGAAGGCGUCAUUGCUCUCGCCAAAAUCUGCUACAUAGAGAGCGCGGUCGAGAUCCACGCCCUGCUUCCCGGUGUUCAGCCUUUCGUAAGGGAAGAAGCCGACGAAGGGGACGAACCAGGCCUGGAUGGCAUCAACAACCCCCGAUUCACGGCGUGGCUUGACAGUGUUCGGCGGGCCGGUAAUUUGCCGCCCGCGGCGGCCUUCUCGUCGGCACACCAGAUGGGCACAUGCCGCAUGGCCGCCAACGAGGACGAAGGCGUGGUGGACUCGCGGGGUCGGGUCUUUGGCGUUGAGGGACUGUAUGUCGCCGACUCGAGCGUGUUCCCCAGUGCGACCGGGGUUAACCCCAUGGUGACGGUCAUGGCCAUCGCGGAUUGGAUCGCAGCCGGGAUUGCGGAAGACUUGAGUGCCCUGUCGACUUGAAUCGACUUGAACGACAUCAAUCGAGGUAUGCGGCACCUCCAGCUUGUUGACAACAGAGCCAGCCUAUUGUGUGCAGUUUAGCCCGCCAUUGGUGUUCUGGUGCUGUACUAUGGAUUGCUGUUCGCCAGUUAUCUACAACUGUUUCCUUGU